ACAUUUUCUAUCAAUCAAACACAUUUUCACCAAGAGCUGAAUUCUCUCUCUUUGAAUUGAAUCCUCAGCAAUAUUUGAUUGAGCAUUUAAAAAAAAAAGUAUGGCUUCUAGGGCUCAAGCUUCCAUUGCUCUCCUUCUCUCCCUCAACUUGGUGUUCUUCACCAUGGUUAGCUCCACCUAUGUGCCAUGCCCACCACCACCUCACAAACACCACCCCAAGAACCCUUCAGCCCCUGCUGUCCCUGCCCCUUACUCUAAGGCUAAGUGUCCUAUGGACACCCUUAAGCUAGGAGUGUGUGCAAAUUUGUUGAAUGACUUGGUGCACCUUGUUGUUGGGGCCCCACCCAAGACCCCUUGUUGUUCUCUUAUCGGAGGUCUAGUUGAUCUCGAAGCUGCUGUUUGCCUUUGCACUGCCAUUAAAGCUAAUAUCUUAGGCAUCAACCUUAAUGUUCCAGUUUCAUUGAGCUUACUUCUUAACUACUGUGGCAAGGGCGUUCCUUCUGGCUUCCAAUGCCCUUAAGAAUAUUUGGAUUUCAUCACUAUCACUAUCAUGAUCAGUACCCAAGUACACUAUUUUUCUCAUUAAUUGUGUGUAUCUUUGAUUUUUCUUAUUUUGUUUCCUGCAGCACGUAUCUGUAAUUUUAUUUUUAUUGGUGAUUUUGGCUCAUCUCAUGCCAUGAUAACAAGAUUUAUUUUUAAUAAAUUAUUUUUUAUUGAUGGUU